CAGUUUAUCUCAUCCUUCUCAAACUGUAAUCCGAGAGGCAGUCAGCCGGUGCGUGUGGACAAACCGCCGCAUGAGAAUACGCUUGUACAAAUCUAAAAAUAUCUGGUUAAUAUUAGGGUAAAGACAGUUAGUGCGUGGAAGGGAGGCGUGAAUACCUAAUGAAAGAAAAGCUCAGACUUCACCAACAGGAUCUGGUCUGCGCUGUUUCUGUGGUUGGACUCGCUGCUGCAACACUUUUUUGCAAGUUUGGCUACAAGAGCUGCUGUUGCUCUUUAUCUUAUUACACCGCCGCCUGAACGUGUGUGUAUGUGGGGAGGGGACAAAUCUCCAAUGGAUCGCUGUAGAACUUUCCUGCAAAGUUUCCUAGCGGCUGCCCUCCUCUGCUGCUUAGUGCUGCAGCCCGUGCCUGGAGUUACCAAGAGUCUCCGUGUGAAAGAUAAAUACGAUGACUAUGAGUAUCAACUGGUUUCAUAUUCAUCACAAUACCAGAAGAACGAUCGAUGUCCUCCUCCUCCACAGACUUUGCCAGACAGAGCCUGUGAGGUUCCCAGCUGCAGAUCGGACUCUGAAUGUGAAAGACACAAACGCUGCUGCUACAAUGGGUGUAUUUAUGCUUGUUUGGAAUCUGUGAAGCCACCGCCAGUUCUAGAUUGGUUGGUGCAGCCAAAACCCAGAUGGCUUGGGGGUAAUGGAUGGCUACUUGAUGGACCAGAAGAAAUACUCCAAGCUGAAGCCUGUAGUACUACAGAGGAUGGAGAUGAACCCCUACAUUGUCCCACUGGCUAUGAAUGUCACAUCAUAAAUCCUGGGAAUCCAGCAGAAGGAAUUCCAAAUAGAGGGCAGUGCAUAAAGCAACGAGGAAAUAGUGAUGGGCGCAAUUUAAGACCGAAAAUGUACAAGGACUAUAAGGAUUAUUUUGGAACUAAUUCUAAUAAUGCAGUUGGCUACAAAAAGCACCACUAUAAACAUCUGGGCUAAAGUUGCCAAUGUGAAGGUUUCAGAUUUCUCCCAAGACGGCAAGCUGAACUUGCAGGACAGAAAUUGGAACUUCCACUACAGCACCCAGACAUUGAGUGGCUUCUGCAGCUCCUGCAACGAAAGCUGAGUCAUCAGACAUCAGUAGCUGCUGCCUGAUUGGGUCCACAAGUUUGCUAAUAGAGUUGGCCACCACUUCUAUGCUGGAAAAUGUUAUGGCACACCUUUAAAAGGUGUGGUCAUGUUUCCAAAAUAUAGCAGUGUAAGGGGCAUGAUGUAACAUACCAUGUGACUUCUGUAUGCUGGUAGUCUGAAGAAACCUGUCCAGUGCAGACUUCUAUGUCUGGAUAAACUAUCCUUGAAUAAAGAAUCCACGUUAUUAUGCUACUAUCCUGUCUUGAGUGGUUAGUGCAUUUGUUUGCAUAGUAGUAGCUAUCACUGUGGACAGUUGGUGCCAAGCUCCUCUCUGCCCUUUGACGUUGCAUGCAGGUUUUAUGGCCAGCCUGCCAAUAUAUCGAGUUUUUCAUUUUGCAUAUCCAGCUGCCGCCUUCUGUAGCCUGUCCCAUCAAAGUGCUCAUGAGUCCUAUGCACAGAACUCAUUUGAGAUUUCACCAUCUGGCACCUAUGCUAUGCCUUGGCUUCGGACUGUUCAUGCCUUAUAAGUCACACCAUGCACUCCACCUCUAUGCCAUCCACUUAAGUAUGUGAAGUACCAGUACUUGAGCUGCAAGCGAGAGAUUGGGUGAUGGCCUUUCUUCCUUAUCGCUGUUGUCUUGUUCUUCCACUUGUUCUUCCAUCACUGCCUGACUAGUUGCAGUUCUUGAAAAGGAGAAAGGCACAGGGUAGGGUUGUGGGGAAGAGAUGUCAGGGGUUGGGGUGGCACAUAGAGGAACAAGCUUACAUCUUCUGAAGCUUCUGUAAUAGGUGAGGGGGAAGUGACAUGUGACAGGGUGGGGGAGAUAGGUUCUACAUCUUCACCUUCUGUGAUUUAGCCCUGCUGUUGGCCUAGGCCUCAGCAAUAUCUGCUCCAAUGAUGGCAUUCACUGCCCCCUCCAUUAGGUGAGGACAUGAAGUCACACUUAUCCUCCACCCAAUAGCACCUGCUGCCUCCAUUUCUGCAUCACCUUGGCUUGCAAGAGUUGGAAGUAAACCAGUAUGUCUGCUAUAAUGUGUUCAAAUGAUGUUGCUGUCAUGAUUGAACAGCUGGCAAUGAGUGCAAGGCUUGCAGCAAUUCUAACUGUGGGUCCUGAUCGAUGAGAUUUUUCAGUGAUGAGUGGGUAGAGUGCAUUGAGUGGUGUCUGAGCCUCGUGGUGCAUUAGUGAGAUAUUGCAUUUGAAAUUGCAUUCACUGACCUUGAUCGCUUGAGUGAACUUUUUGCAGCACUGCAUCUAGGACUUUGCAGCUUGACUUCUAGCAUUAGCUUCCAUGGCUAUCUGGUCCCACUGCCUUCUUGAGAGUUUGUCUGGAAAGCCUCCUGCAAAUCCACCAUCUCUUUUCUUCACCUCUUCAAACAAAGCUUCAAGUGCAGCGGUGGAAAAUAUUAGAGCCCACUCUCUCCCAUAUUCCAUUUAUUCAAUUUUUGCCAGGUCAGAAUUAGUUGUAUACACCUCCAGCAGAAUGCACACCAUCCCUCUCCCACACCUUCACCCACCAUUUAAGAGAUGCAGGCUGACUUUAAGUAGUGCAGUGUAGCUUUAACUGGUGCUCACCUCCCACUAUUUUGGGCCCCCUGCUGAGACUACAGCUGGUCAACAGCAUAGUUAAUUUUCCCUGCAUGCUACAGUCAUGCUGACUAUUAGGGAAGUCGCUAGUAUACUGCCUGCAAUAAAAGAAAUGGCCAUGAGUCAAUCUGCAUAUUGAUCCUUGAGCCUAUUUUCAAAGGCUAUUAAAUUUAGCUCCUUUUUAUAUUGUGGAGUAUUUGUAUACAUUAAUUAUUCUAUAAUUAUGCUCUGUCAAUUGAAACAGAAAAUGGUGGAAAUGCAUAAAGUCAAAUCAGCAUCUGAAAAACAUAACAAAAUUGUGGGUGUAAGUUAAUCUACCCUUCUCUUUCAAAUACUGAUUGACCCAGUACAUUCCCAGUAUUUCUUUUACUUUAAAGGUAUAUAAUAGCAAUUAGUUAUUUUCCUUCUCUUUUUAUUGUUUUUCAUACAACUUACAUGGUUUGCAUUGCAACAAUGUUUUCAACAAUCUUUCAAAGCACCACGUUAGAUUCUUUAAAGUGUUAAAAUGUAGGAAAUGUUUCAUACAUAGUAUUUAAAUUAAGUGUAAAAUUAGAGGUUAUAUUCUUAAUGUGUUAACAAAAAUAACACUAUGCAGGACCUCAAUUACACAGUAACACCUCGUGUGAAUACUGAAGUCUGUUUUUGAUUAGGAAUCUCUAUUGCUUGUAAACUCAUACCGAGUUCCAUUACAUGUAUAUGAAGAGGAAAGAGGGUUAGAAACCUAUAAAAGGAAGUGUUUGGUAUAAUGUGAAAUGCUAAAUUGUUACUUAGAAAUUAAUAUGUUACAAGUUAAGAUGUUAUGCAAUAGCAAAAAAUAAAUCGGCUGUCACAUAGUACACUGUAGCCAAGGAAGCUGGCAACUGAACUGAUUGACCAAAGGAUGAACUGAAGAAUAUCUGCUUGUCCUUGGUUACAGUGAGACUCUUGCUUGUCUUUUAUUGCUUGCUUCUUUUCAAAUGUAAACUAACUGCCAUCAAGUCAUAAUUUAAAUAGAGCAAGAAAGGAAAAGAUUUCCAUUCAUACUGCACUUUGUCACCUCUCUCAGAAACAUCUCUGAACACUUGACAAUGUUUCACUGUACUUCAAAGUAAAUCUAUGUAUGGGCUAUAAACCCAACUGUAAUAUAGUAACAUUACUUAACAUUAUCAUUGCUCAUCAACGUUCUUAUGUUUAUCAAAUUAGUAAAAGAGAAUGCAGAACAUAAAGGCAAGUGGUCAAAAAUUUUAUACUGUAUGGAUCAUUUUUUCCAACUGAGAGCUCAUAGAAUUGCCAACAUUGGUAUAUAUUUUCCUUUGUUGACAUCUGCUUUACAUUCAGGCCAAUUUGUUUACCAACUUUAGUGAAUGGAGUAAAAUGUGACUCUACUGAUCAUUAAAUCAAAAGAAAAAGUAUAGAUGUAAAAUAUGUAUGCAUACUUGGUGACAAGAUGUGUUUGUUUUAAGUUUAUGUUCUUGCUCAUUUGUACUGAUUUUCAAAAGGCCAAAGUAUGCAGCAUUUAAACCUCUAAUGCGAUAUCAAGUAAGUGUACCAUAAAGGCUGCACUUUAAUUACAACUUGGUUUACAUUGGAAAAUUAUGAUCUUACUUUUUACUGAACUGUUUUGUAAAUGCAAACAAAUGAUCACUUAAGUCUUGGGUGCUUAUCCUAAAUCUGAUAAAAGUAUUGUAUUAA